UAAAAUUUUAUGGAGGCGGGGCGGUAGUUAAGUGGCGUCAGGCAGAGAGAGCACAUUGCAUCGACGUCAGAGGAACAGAGGCACACAUUUCGAUGCUCGAUGCUUUUUUUCUGAAAUGGUCUGUUGUUGUUGUGGGCAGCAACGACAACGACUUUGAUGCUUCUUUUUUAUGAUUCAUGAACAACUUCCACGGUCACAUUUUCUCUUCUUUUGACCUAAACAAAACCAAUGAUGUCUAAGGUUGCAUUUAGUACGAAUGGGAAAGUAAUUGGACCAAAAACAGAGAAAAAGGUGGAAUUCAGGCAGCCAUUGUCAACCGAAAGUCCUCAAAUAGAUCGAGAAACAAUUAAAAUUGUGUAUGAUAAUUGUUCAAAAGGGAUUGGCUUACAAAUUAUUGGUGGAACAACACGGAAUGGGGAUACUAACCAUGGGAUAUUUGUGAAGAAGCUUCUUCCUAAUGGAAUUGCAAAAACGGAAGGUCAGCUGAAAGUUGGUGACCAGCUGCUUAGUGUAAAUGGUAACACUCUUGAGGAUGCUACAAAUGAAUAUGCUGUCGACAUUCUACGGCGUGCAUCAGAAUCGAAUCACAUGGAACUUGUCAUUACGAGGGAUGAGCAAGCUAGCGUUGAAUUUGUGGAAGUUUUUGAUUCUAAUUCAAUACACUCUGCUAGUCCACCCUGCAACUUGAAUCUCUUCAACAAGUUUGUUCCAACCUCACCUGAUUAUAAUAGUAAAUAUUCUCGAACGCCUUCACCUAGAACAACUUCCAUCACAGAAAACUCCAGGUCAGUUUCACCACAAGCAAAUUCGCCAAAGAAUUCUCCUAGGACUCCAACCUCUGCUCGAGCCGCCUCUCCAUUUUCCGCCACACCUCGAUCACCCUCUCCACAAACAGUCUCCCCAGUAACAACCUCUCCAAGAGCUAUUUCUCCAUUGGUGAAUACACCGAAAGCUUCUUCUUCACAAAUAUCUUCUCAAAGAGUAUUCUUUCACCCAUCUGUUUCGAGUCCAAAUUCUCCACCUACUCUGUUUGCUGCUAACUCUCCACAAUCUCCUCCUCCACAUAAUGCCAUACCAAAUUUAAAUUCUUCAUCACCUAUCCAAUCAAUGACAAAUUCUCCACAGCCUAUUUUAUCUGAAACAGAUUCUUCUCAACCUAACCAAUCAAAACCAAAUCCUCCCCAGUCUAUCUUAUCUAAAGGGAAUUUAUCUCAGACGACAUUAUCAGAGACAGCCCAAGAACUCACUGUAUCCGAGCCAAUAUCUUUUCAAACUUCUCCUCAGUGUAACUUAGAAAGACCUAAUUCACCUACUGUGCCAUUACCAAGACCAUAUUCUCCAUCUGACAUUGGUGCAAAUGAUAUAUUUCCUGUAUUUUCCCAAGCGAAUAAUGCUCCAGUUACUUCACCACAAAUUACAUCUGCAGGGGCCACUCCUUCACCUGAAAAUCACUCAGAUAAUCGUAAAUGGAAUUCCGACUAUGACUUCCCAGACACAUAUCAACAACAAAUUCACAAAUACGACAAACCAUUUACCUAUGGUAUCACAUCCCCUACAGAAAUUGCCCUUCCUCGUUCUCGCGUACCAAUGUAUGCGGAGAAACCAUUAAACUCACCAACUUUACCUAAGUACAAUGGUUGGCGUGAAGCAAAUUCAACCCAUGAAAUAUCUCAAGAAAUUCAACCUUACUUGAAAGACACUGAAUCAGCUGGUAAAUCAUCUAUUUUACAUAUACAUUACUCUGAUGAGGCCCCAAAUAAUAAAUAUGGAAAUUCUAAGGUUAAUUUUUGUCAGGAUGAAAAUGUUUCAACAUCUUCUCAGUUACCACAUUCACCACAGAACAAUGUGAAUUUCAAGGAAAUGACAGAUCUGUGGCAGACAUUAGGCUUUCAACCAACUCCCAGUGAACUGAAUGCCAUCAGGUACCGUGUAGCUGUUGAUGAAAAUGGAAUGGUUUCUUAUGAAGAAAUCAUUAAAGUUGCUAGCGAGGUGUGUCAAGCCAGUUCAAAAGGAGUUGAAAAAGACUUUCUCCGAUCUACAAAUCGAGAAUUGAGAGUAGAAACAUUUCCACAUGAGGUAGAAGUUUUACCUGAUUCGACAAUGUUGUCUUUGGAAGAGGUUGCCCAGAUCCAAUUAGAAAAAGAUAUCCUGCAGGUUGAGGUUGAAAAACUGCGUGCAAAAAUCCGAGAAAAAGAAGACAGUUGCAAUACAGCUGAGGAAGAAUUACUUCGAAUUAGAAGGGAGGCACAAGGAGCUAUUCACGAAACCCGUUCUCUGCGAAGUAAGGUUCAUCUUGCUGAAGAAGCUCAAAAGGCAGCUCGAAGUCUGGAACAAGGUUAUGAAGAAGCUAUUCAAGUCCUGGAAAAAGAAAUUGUGCAGUUGAGAUCACAACUACAAAAACAAUCUGUAAGUUGUUGCUUUUUGUUUUUUCAUCGACAGCUUGCAGUCGCUGCAUGUCAACUAAGAAAGAUGGAAUCUUGUAAGAAAACAUAUGAAGUAGCUAUUGAAAAAUUAUUGAAAUUCAUAGAGCAUAUCCAAGAAGUUUUGGAAGGAAACUCAGCAGUAAAACUGGCAGGACAUCAAGAACAAAGUUCCAAGAGUUCUUCAGUUAAAAUAAAGAAUAAGUUCACAUCUCUUAAAAAUUUGGCAACAGAAGCAAAAGAUCUUAGCAGAAGUGUUAAACUUUUAAUAGAUUCUCAACCCUUACCUUAUGGAUGGGAAGAAGCAUAUAGCUCAGAUGGCUUAAAAUACUACUUAAAUCACAUAAAUCAGACAACUACCUGGUCACAUCCUUUAUCUGGAACUCAGCAAUUCCCAUCGACUGGCAGCUAUGCUCAAGUAUCACAAACAGCAAGCAGCAGCACAAGUCCAUCGAGUGCUUCAAGAACUAAAGCCCUUCCACAACCAGGUCCAAGCAUUUUGAAAGAGACAAAGAAUUAAUAUCUCACUCUUUUCACAGUUUAUCUUUAACAAAAAAAGAAGAAAAAAAAUUAGCCAAAUCAGCUUGUCAUUGUUCAUCAUCAUCAUAAUCAUUAUUAUUAUCAGCAUUAUCAUCAUCGUUUUUAACUUCCACUUUAUCAUGCCUGCAUGGGCCAGACAGUUUGAGGCAGGUUUUUCAACAACUGGAUGCCCAUCCUGUCACUAAACCCUCACUUGUUUCCAAAAAAUAAAGUAAUAUUUCCCCCAUGGCCAGACAUGUUUUUCACAGAAUACUGGAAAGGAAUGAAACUCUACUUGUAUAACAGUCACACUCAUUUGUAAUAAUCAUGCAAUGCCAAGACAAGAUACAAACACAAACGGUCUUUCACUUUCUCUCUACCAGAUCCACUCACAAGUCUACUGGGGCUAUAAUAGAAAUAUAUAGUGUGUAUGUGUAUAUAUAUAUAUAUAUAUAUAUAUAUAUAUAAGCUAUAGUGUUGUGAAGUUUUCUAUUAGCCUACAGUAUUUCAGAGAUGUAUAUAAAUCCUACCUUUGUAUUGUCUGUGUGUAUUUCUAGUUCUGAGUUAAGAGAACUGAAGUUGAAAAUAAUGACACAUGUGAAGUGAAUUCUUAUUUCUUUACAGUGAUUCAGUUUGUUUUACUUCCAUCUUUCUAUGCUAGCAUGGGUUUAUGGAGUACAUACUGUUGAGGCAUUAUUUAGCAGCAAGGUACUCUUUCCAUUGUUAGCCAUUAUCUUUUCUUUAAGUAACGAUACACAGUUUAAAUAUGCACACAAUACACACACACACACAAGAAGGGCUUCUAAUUUCACUUGCAAAGCAUUGGUCAACCAGGGAUUGUCAAUGAAGACCCUUGCCCAUUGUGCCAUGCAGUAGGACUGAACCCAAUACCACAUUGUUAUGAACUGACGCACUGAGAAACUCAAUGUAUUUGAUUUCCUUCUCCAAUGGGUUCUUUGUCUUUUAUGAUUUUCUCAGAAACCUCUGCUGGUUAUUGGUUCACUUUCUUAUUUGUGUUCAUAUCAUUUAGGUUUUUGAUAGAAUUUAUUUCAAGAAACACUGGCAGAUUCAAGAGUGUUUUCGUAUUUGUAGUUCUAUAUUGGUACAGGUGAUCUGAAAAAUCCUCAUUCUAAACAUUUGCAUGGUUGAAACUGUUUGGCAUGGAAAUCUUAUGCAAAUGUUCCUCCUUUAAACUGACCAUACUUGUUUAUAUCCUUGGGUCUCUCUUGAAAUUGCAAGAAGAGAAAGAUCACUUAAUGUUUUUGCGUUAUCCAUUGUUAUAAAUUAAAAAUAAGAAAAAAAAGAGCUUUGAUUACUUAACCUGGCAAGAUAGAAAAAAAAAGUCAUUUUUGUCUUCAAUAAUGCAAAAUGUAUUUAUGAAUUGUAAACUUAUUUAAUGGGUUACAUCAUUUGUAAACAAACACAAGUUUGUUUUUUGAAGCAUUGAAAUGUAUUGUAGAACAAGUAGAAAGAUAUAUUUUUCAAUACAUAAAUACUGAACAGCAUAUAUAAAGGAUAAAAUCUAUCAAAAAGGAUCUGUACAAUUGUAUCUGACACAACCACUCGGGAACUUCGCUUACAAGAACUCAAAAUAACACUCAAUGAACGUCAGUACCCACCUACACUCAUAGAACAUGGAAUUAAAUGUGUGAAGAAAUUGGACACAAAUACACUAAGGACAACAAAACAAAACACCACACCUCACCCUAAAUCACACCCAUACAUAUCAACUCACAACCCUGGAAACAAUGAAGCAUAUAACACAAUUACACAAAAUCUCCCUCGGCUCACUCAAGACCCGAAAAUGAACAGCAUCCUAAAUACACACAAACUACUAAAAUGCAAACAAUACCAACAGUUAUACUCAAUACAAACGACACCAAAAGUUAAAAAAUGCAGACAACCUAAUUGUGGUACAUGCCCUUACCUAACUGAAGGCUCGGAAUUUGCAUUCCAGCAAGGACAGUAUUCACAUGUUGAAAAAUAUAUCUUUCUACUUGUUUUAUUUAAAAGAAUUUUUUUUGUUAAUAAAAUUUAUACAUAUAUA